CCUCCAGGAAGUCGUUCGUGUUCGAGCUGAACGAGUGCGCCUCCAGCCGCAUCCUCAAGCUGGAGAAGGAGAACCAGAGCCUGCAGAGCACCAUCCAGGGGCUGCGGGACGCGUCCCUGUCGCUGGAAGAGAGCAGCCUCAAGUGCGGGGAGCUGGAGAAGGAGAACCAGCAGCUCAGUAAGAAGAUCGAGAAGCUACAGACCCAGCUGGAGAGAGAGAAGCAGAGCAACCAGGAUUUGGAGACCCUCAGCGAGGAGCUGAUCAAAGAGAAGGAGCAGCUACAGAGCGACAUGGAGGCCCUGAAGGCCAACAGGGCCCAGCAGAUCAAGGACCUUGAGCAAGAAAAGGACCACCUCAACCGAGCGGUGUGGUCGCUGCGGGAGAGGUCACAGGUCAGCAGCGAGGCCCGCGUGAAAGACGUGGAGAAGGAGAACAAAGCCCUCCACCAGACGGUGACAGAGGCCAGCAGCAAACUCAGCCAGCUGGAGUUCGAGAAGCAGCAGCUGCACAAGGACUUGGAGCAGGCCAGGGAGAAGGGGCAGCGGGCAGAGAAGCUGGAGGGGGAGCUGCAGCGGCUGCAGGAGGAGAACGCGCAGCUGGCCAGCAAGGUGACCUCCCUGGAGACGGCCACCGAGAAAGCCACGGCCCUGGAGCACGAGAGCCAGGGCCUGCAGCUGGAGAACCGGACGCUGAGGAAGUCUCUGGACACCUUGCAGAACGUGUCGGUGCAGCUCGAGGACCUGGAGCGCGACAACAAACAGCUGGACGCAGAGAACCUGGAGCUGCGCAAGAUGGUGGAGGCCAUGCGCUUUACCAGCGCCAAGAUGGCGCAGAUCGAGAGGGAGAACCAGCAGCUGGAGCGCGAGAAGGAGGAGCUGAGGAAGAACGUGGAGCUACUGAAGGCACUGGGCAAGAAGUCGGAGCGCCUGGAGCUCAGCUACCAGAGCGUGAGCGCCGAGAACCUGCGGCUGCAGCAGAGCCUGGAGAGCAGCGGCCGCAGGUCGCAGGCCCUGGAGAGCGAGCUGGGCGAGCUGGAGGCCGAGCACCAGGCCCUGCGCCGGGACCUGGAGGCCCUCCGGCUGGCCGGCGUGCAGCUGGAGCGGGCCGAGAGGGACAAGAAGGCCCUGGAGCAGGAGGUGGCCCAGCUCGAGAAGGACAAGAAGCUGCUGGAGAAGGAGGCCAAGCGGCUGUGGCAGCAGGUGGAGCUGAAGGACGCCGUCUUGGACGACAGCACCGCCAAGCUGUCCGCCGCCGAGAAGGAGAGCCGCGCGCUGGACCGCGAGCUGGCCCGCUGCAGGGACGCGGCCGGCAAGCUGAAGGAGCUGGAGAAGGACAACAGGGACCUCACCAAGCAGGUCAUCGUGCACACGAGGACGCUGACCACCCUGCGGGAGGACCUGGUGCUGGAGAAGUUGAAGAGCCAGCAGCUGAGCGGUGAGCUGGACAAACUGGGCCAGGAGCUGGAGAAGGUCGGCCUCAGCAAGGAGCUGCUGCUGCAGGACGACAACAGCAACGGUGACACAAAGUACAAGAUUUUGGAGGGCAGAAAUGAAUCAGCACUGAAAACAACACUGGCCAUGAAAGAAGAAAAGAUUGUGUUCUUGGAAGCGCAGAUGGAAGAGAAAGUGAGCCUGAACCACCAGUUACAGAACGAGCUCCAGACGCUGAAGAAGGAGUGUGAGACCCUCAGGCAGAGCCAGGAAGAGGGGAAGCUCCUGCAGAACUCUUUCAAACACCCCGUGGGGAAGACGGUCGCCGGCAGCCAGGGGAAGGAGACCUGGGGGCCCAGCCACAAGGAAGCCACGAUGGAGCUGCUCCGAGUGAAGGACCGGGCCAUCGAGCUGGAGAGGAACAACGCGGCUCUGCAAGCCGAGAAGCAGCUGCUCAAGGAACAGCUACAGCACUUGGAGACCCAGAAUGUGGCCUUCAGCAGUCAGAUCCUGACGCUGCAGAAACAGAGCGCCUUCCUGCAGGAGCACAACACCACGCUGCAGACACAGACAGCCAAGCUGCAGGUGGAGAACUCCACUCUGAGCUCCCAGAGCGCCGCGCUCACCGCACAGUACACGCUGCUGCAGAACCAGCAGACGGCCAAGGAGAAUGAGAACGAGAACCUGCAGAAGCAGCAGGAGCAGCUGACGGCGGCCUACGAGGCCCUGCUCCAGGACCACGAGCACCUGGGCACACUGCACGAGCGGCAGUCGGCCGAGUACGAGGCCCUCAUCCGCCAGCACAGCUGCCUGAAGACGCUGCACCGGAACCUGGAGCUGGAACACAAGGAGCUGGGGGAGAGGCACGGCGACAUGCUGAAGCACAAGGCGGAGCUGGAGGAGCUGGAGAAGGUCUUGACCGCCGAGCGGGAGGCUCUGCAGCAGGAGCAGAGGACGAACGCCAUCGCCGCGGGCGAGAACCAGAGGCUGCGGGGGGAACUAGACAGGGUCAGCUUCCUGCACCACCAGCUGAAGGGGGAGUAUGAGGAGCUGCACGCCCACACCAAGGAGCUGAAAACCUCGCUCAACAACGCGCAGCUGGAGCUGAACCGCUGGCAGGCCCGGUUCGACGAGCUGAAGGAGCAGCACCAGAGCAUGGACAUCUCGCUGACCAAGCUGGACAACCACUGCGAGCUGCUCUCCCGGCUCAAGGGGAACUUGGAGGAAGAAAAUCAUCACCUCUUGAGCCAGAUCCAGCUGCUGAGCCAGCAGAACCAGAUGCUUCUGGAGCAGAACAUGGAGAACAAGGAGCAGUACCAUGAGGAGCAGAAGCAGUACAUAGACAAAUUAAAUGCCUUACGACGACAUAAGGAAAAACUGGAAGAAAAAAUCAUGGAUCAGUACAAGUUCUAUGAUCCUGCUCCAAAGAAGAAGAACCACUGGAUUGGAGCCAAAGCGUUAGUCAAACUCAUCAAACCAAAGAAAGAGGGUUCCAGAGAACGGUUGAAGUCGACCACAGACAGCCCCCCCUGGCAGCUGGAGUCCUCAGACCCCACCUCACCAUCGACCUCUCAGCCUCUCAGACCACAGCCGGAGAACCCCGACACCCCCCCACCGGGCCCGAGCUGUGCGGAAGAGCGCGACGCCCACAGCGGGCCUGUGGGAAAAGGCCCUGGGGAUCUAAAGCCAAAGCGAGGGUCCCCGCGUGGAGGCAGCCUUGACCGCACAGAUGCUUCCACUGACCCGGCCGUGAAGUCCUGGCCCUCGGAGCUGGGCUCCCGGACCUGCUCAGCCUCAGCCCCCACCACCGUCCCUUCCAGCUCCACCCCCCUCGCCCGGCACCCAGGCCGCACCAAAGGCUGUAAUUCGGAUGACAACCUCUGUGAGCCGUCCCUGGAGCUCGAGUUCAGCAGCCACAGGCAGUACGUGUCCCGGCCGAGCAGUUUGGAGAGCAGUAGAAACACAUCCAGCAACAGCUCACCUCUUAACCUGAAAGGUUCCUCUGACCAGCUCCACGGACGGUCCGAGAGCUUCAGCAGCGAAGACCUGAUCCCCAGCAGGGACCCGGCCACUGUGCCCCGGGACACCAGCACCCCAGGACGCAGCACCCUUGGCCGCCAUGAGUACCCCCCGCCCCGGAAUGGGCCUCUCCCCCAGGAGGGUGCCCAGAAGAGGGGUGCAGCCCCUUCCCAGGCGGGGGUGCGACCCUGCUCUGCCUCCCCCAGCAGUGAGAUGGUCACCUUGGAGGAGUUCCUAGAGGAGAGCAACCGGAGCUCCCCCACCCACGACACUCCGAGCUGCCGGGACGACCUGCUCAGUGACUACUUCCGAAAGGCCAGUGACCCCCCGGCCAUCGGAGGCCAGCCAGGACCACCGAGCAGGAAAGACGGGGCCAAGAUGCCCACCAGCCUCGUGGCCCCCAUCAAGAUGGCCGUCAGCACCCCCGAGGGGAGGCUGCUGAAGCCAGGGCAGUGUGUGAAGCCAAACUUCAGACCGGCUGAGGCCGAAACCCCACCCACUGUGCCCCCGAGACAGGCCCAGCCUCCCCAGAGCCUGUCUCUGGGCAGACCCCGGCAAGCCACCAUGUCCCCAGCUUCCCACACGCCCCCUGGCCGGAGUGCUUCCCUGAGCCGGGCCUUCAGCCUGGCCUCGGCUGACCUCCUCCGGGCCAGCGGGCCAGAGGCCUGCAAACAGGAGUUGCCUCAGAAGCCGGGGGUUCCUGAGGUCUCGGGGGGCAGAGAGAUAAGCAGCCACACCCUGCAAAGCUCCACGCCCCCCGGCUCCCAUAGCCUGGCCCGGGAGCGGACCCCACUGGUGGGAAAGGCUGGCAGCUCCUCGCAAGGGCCAGGCCCCCGCAGCCGGCCACUGGACACGAGGCGCUUCUCGCUGGCUCCGCCGAAGGAGGAGAGGCUGGUCCCCCUGCAGCAGUCCGCCACUGUCCCCGCCAUUGCUACUGUCAGCAGCGGCGGUGGCAGCAGCUCCCAGCACUUCUCACCUGCUGCAGCCCCGGCUGCCAGGACCAAGUCCAAAACGCCCCCACACUCUGGGGAGAUGGCCACCAUCGCCCCUGUCCGGGCAGGGCUCAGCCUCGCAGAGGGAGACGGGGGCCCAGCACAGAGCUACAUAGAGGGGCUCCCGGCCAAGAGCCCAGGAAGGUCCCCCGACUCGGCUCCCCACGCCAGCCGGGGCCCCGAGGACUGCAGUCGGGGCAGCAGCUCAAAGAGCACACCGGCGUCCCCGGAGCCGGGUGGGGACCAGCAGACGGUGUGGUACGAGUAUGGCUGCGUGUGACUCAUCUUGUGGACCGGCAGCUCCCGAGUCCUCACACUACUGACACGCCCUCUGAUUCCGCCGCCUCUUCUGCAUGCGCCUGC